CUGUACAAUAUCAUAGUGAAGAAUGCCCAGACGGGACGAGAUUUAUUGAAGAAUGGUCGAUUAGCUCAACGCGUCACGAUUCUUCCGCUAGAUAAAAUCGAAGGCCGAGUUGGCAAGGAAAACGUAUUCGUUGCGAAGGAUCUGAUCGAAUAUGCAGAGGAGCUGGAGCCAGCAAUGCGCCAUGUAUUUGGCAAUGUUUUUGUAUGCACAAGCGAUGAUGAUGCCAAAAGG